GUUAAUAAAGUUUUGUAUUGCAACUCGUGUCGAAGCCUAAGCAAACGAGAUGUGCUUGGUGAUUUGGUAUUUAUCAUUCGAAUAUAUAGCUGUCCCAUCAUUGCCAUAUCCAGCUACAGCGUGGAGCCCUAUGGCGACGGCACCGAUGCCCCGGUCUGCGCCACAGCUGCCGAUGGCUUCUGGCCCAUCUGCUAUUUUGUGGGCAGCAUCACACUCUUCUUUAUUGUGCCCUUUGGCAUCUUGGUGCUGCUGUAUGCGGCCAUUGCCUACAAACUCUUGCGUCCCAAUAGUGCAUUCCACAGGCCAACAUCGCCGCAGCCACAGCAAUCCGCCAUCACAGCAGCAACGGCCACAGCAGCCGCGGUGGCAGCAUCUACGGUCAGCACCAAGGGCAACAGCCAUCAGCAGAGCAAUGGCAUGCGAAAGCAUCGCAAGCAGGUCAUCUUCAUGCUCGUCGCUGUCGUCUCCAGCUUCUUUGUCUGCCUGCUACCCUUUCGAGCCUUCACACUCUGGGUGAUCACGGCCAGCGCCGAGGAUGUGGAACGUCUGGGCAUUGCCGGUUACUACAAUCUGCUAUACUUCUCCCGCUUCAUGUUGUACCUCAACUCGGCCAUGAAUCCCAUUCUGUACAACUUGAUGUCGUCGAAGUUUCGCAGCGGUUUCUGGCGUUUGCUAUUGAGUUGCCUGGGCCAGCAUACGCAUCAUCAUCAUCGUCAUCAUCACCAUCACGCCCAGGCUAUUGGACGCAGUCUGCGGCAGACAACACGCCGCCAGGACUUUGAAGGCGAGGCAGGAGCAGCGACGGCAGGCUCGAACAAUACCCAGCGAGCUCGUCGCACGCUGCGUCGCGAAGCAACAUUUCUAAUCAACUCCAUCUCAACCUCAUCGGGCACCGAGCGCAACACUUCCUCCACGUGGCGCAGCAACAGUCUUUCCACCUCGGUGGGAUUAUCGGAUAGAGAGCGGGAACGUGAACGAGAGCGUGAUCGUGGCGGACUUGGUGCAGCCAUAAUUGGCACAACAGCGGCCACAGUUACCACUGCCUGUUUGCAGGAGCGUCGAGCCAGCAAGAUCUAAGCAUUUAGUUGAAUUCAAGCAUAUUAGUCCAUAGUCAUAGUUUAUAGUGGAACAUUUUGUUGUCAAGACUGAAGUACCUCAGAAGAAGUCAAUAAACGCUAGUAAAAUCCGUUUUUGAAACCAAAAGUAUAUAUCGUUGAUGUCUUCGUUUUUGAAGAACGUGAUUUAGAUAUCUUGCUUUAUGUUCAUGAAAUUUUUAUUAAACGUCUCUCAUCAUUACCAUCAAAAUUACACUAAUUAUGUGCCUAAUCGAAUUCUACGCUUCUCUCUCUCCAAUCACUCUGAAUGCAAAAACACACAAAUUUGUUGUUGUUGUUGCCGUUAGUUGUUACUUCUAAAAAAUGUUCAUGCUUUUGUUUUGUUGUUUGUUUGAUUUACAUAAUAAUUACAAU